AUGGCAACUCCGGGGGCUUCCUCCGACACCCUUAUCACACCCUACUCGCUCGCACAGAUACAUAUAUCCUCCAACCAACACACGAUGCACACAAAGACAACAAGCCCGGAAGUACAAGCCGAAUCUGACCUCGAGUUAUCAGUGCUAGAGUCCGCACCGCCCAUUGUUCCCAAACUCCUACGCGAAGCGAGUGACAUCACAUGGCAGGAGUCACUAGAAGCAACCAAAGACACCGUCACACUCGUCCGUCGUCGUGGUCGUUUCCACCUGCUAUCACAGCAGCAAUUCAGGAACAGCCUGCUCGCGAGCGUUGGAUACCUCGAGCUAGCGAAUGCCGCCGACUUUGCGGCCAACGUGUGGAAUCAGAUCCCCGUACCAACAUUUGCGGCUGUGCUCAUGGGUAUCGGUGGAACGUGUGCGUUGUGCAUGGUCUUCGUUGCCAUACAAGAUUUCCGACUGAGUAUGCGGAAUGUCAAGCUCCUCCGGAUGGAGCGGGAGAAUUUGAAACGAUUACGACAGUAUCACAGCAAAAAUACAGAGGUGGUGCGACUUCUGGAGAGUAGAUUGGGUGUGAGUGACCGUGAGAUGGGUACCGAGAUUGUGGAUCGCAUUGUGAUGGACCUCCUGAUGGGUUUCGGGUCAGUGCUUGUUGGAAUUGGCACGCUGAUGGCCAUUGGAGGUGCCAAUCGACGAGUGUUUAAGGCUAGCAACUUGCUAUCGGGCUAUAUUGGGAAUGGUCUUGCUGCAAUGUUCGGUCUUGUCAACGCCGUCUGGUCAGGCUACCUCAUCCGUCGGUUCCAGCACCAUCUCAACGCUGUACGAGUCUCUCAGCCGGGUGAUGAUAUCCGGCGCCGCUUGCACAAUCGUAUUCGCCGGUUCCAAUGGCAUUCGUUCAUCAACGGGCUUAAUGGUCUCGUUGCAGGAGCGGGGUCCAUGGUUACUGCAGAGCGAUGGUGGGGAUAUGUCGUGUUGAUUCCGUGUAUCAUUUCCCUGAUCGCGGUGAACUUCUUCUGGCGCAAAAAGCUCGGUUAUGAUAGGCCGCUUCUGACGGAUGUGUCACUUGCACGGAUGCAGUUCACCCCGUUGCUCGAAGAUUUGGAAUAUGCGAUUACCAUGCAACGGGGGCUCGCAGAGCCAGAUACGUCCCUCCCGCAGGCGCUUGUGCAGAUGGACUCGCUGGAUUCAAUGCUACGGUUUAUCAUGCGCAACCGCAUGCUGGAAAGAUACUGCGAGUCUUUGACUCGAGACAAGCAGACACGAGCCCUUCUCGAAGACCUUCCUUCAACUUCCACCACUCUGCAUGAGAUUACUAUCUCGACAGACGCCCUCUUCCGCCUUUCUUCCUCCUCCUCCCAAAACGCGGAGAUUCUUCGCGCACAUGCAAAGCUUUUUCUACAAAAAGACGGAGUUUUGAUUUUCACAUAUCGCGAGCGUCAUCUUUUGGAGUUACUCGGGUACGCUGUCUGGCAGGACCAGACCGCUACAACGACCCAUGCGACCGAUGCCUGUGCUAGUGCUCCAGGAGAAGCGAUAGACACUAACUAA